AUGAAGCUAAUAAACCAAAUAAGAACCAUCAAUAUCGUAAGACCAAUCACCAAACAUUACCAAAUAUUACCCAAACAAACCAUAACCCUAACUAGAUUUUAUUCAAAAUUUAAUGAAAAAUAUCAAGGACCACCAAAAUUACCAGAAAAAGAACAAAAAGAAUUUGAAAGAUUACAAAAUAUAGCAAUGUCCCAAAUAGCAAUAGAAGAUUAUAAUGAUCGUGUCGCUGCUUCUUUAUCUAGUGGUGACAGUGGAAUGCAAGAUAUAGUAGAUAGACCACCAACUUUAGAAACCAACAAAGAAGAAGAUAAUAGUGAUAUUGGAAAUUUUGCAUAUUUAAAAAUUAUACCUGAAUUUGAAGGUGAUAUAAAUCCUAAAACUGGGGAAAGAGGUGGUCCUAAACAAGAUCCAUUAAAAGGUAGUGAUGAAUGGACUUUUAAUGGAAGAACUAUUGAUUUUUAA